AGAGGAAGCGAACCAGCUGGUGCAGAUUGACACCCCGAAGGAUAAAUGGAGUGUGAUCAAGCACACGAGGACCUACCCAACAGACGCUUUUGGUUUGAUCGAGUUCCAGGGCGGAGGAUUCAUCAACAAGGCCAUGUACAUCCGAGUCUCCUAUGACACCAAACCUGACAACCUCCUGCAUUUGAUGGUGAAGGACUGGCAGCUGGAGCUCCCCACCUUGCUCAUCUCUGUACACGGAGGUCUCCAGAACUUUGACCUCCAGCCCAAACUCAAGCAAGUGUUUGGCAAAGGCCUGAUCAAAGCCGCCGUCACCACCGGAGCUUGGAUCUUCACGGGCGGAGUCAACACGGGGGUAAUCCGUCAUGUAGGAGAUGCCUUAAAGGACCACUCCUCCAAGUCACGAGGGAAAGUGUGCGCAAUAGGAAUUGCUCCAUGGGGGAUCCUGGAAAACAAAGAGGAUCUGAUCGGAAAAGAUGUAACCAAACCCUAUCAGACAAUGGCAAACCCACUGAGCAAGCUGGCUGUGCUCAACAACAGCCACUCCCACUUCAUCCUGACUGACAACGGCACCUGUGGGAAGUAUGGCUCAGAGGUCAAACUCCGCCGGCUGCUGGAGAAACACAUCUCCCUGCAGAAGAUCAACACGCGUAAUGACACUUUUGGUGAUGAAUGGAUGGAUAGAAGGAGUGAGUAUGUUUGGUUGUGUGUUCUAGGUUUGGGUCAGGGGGUUCCUCUGGUGUGCCUGAUAGUGGAGGGAGGUCCCAACGUGAUCUCCAUCGCACUGGAGAGUCUGAGAGACGAGCCUCCAAUCCCUGUGGUGGUGUGUGACGGCAGCGGCCGAGCUUCCGACAUCAUUUCCUUUGCGCACAAGUUCUCAGAGGACGGAGGGUGA